AUGGCUGAAAAGCUGACCAUGGUUGAAAGGACCUUCUGGGGCCGCUUUGCGAAUCCCUGGGAUACGUGGAAGGAUACUCGAUUGCAUGCAGCGUUUGUUCUUGGUUUCAAUUCCGGCGAUCCGGAUUACUCCCCUUCGCCCUCUGACCCACGUCUGCCUAUGGAUCUCCCCAUUCGCAAGCCGAAAUUUGGUCCAGUUCUGCCUAACGCAUCCACAGCCGGAAUUCGUCUUACCUGGCUUGGGCAUGCCUCUGUUCUCGUGUACAUCGAUGGUGUCAACGUCUUGUGCGACCCCGUGUUCAGCGAACGUUGCUCCGCUUCACAGUACUUUGGACCACGUCGCUAUCGACCUCCGCCGUGUCAAGUUAAGGACUUGCCUCAAGUGGAUGCGAUCGUGAUCUCCCACAACCAUUACGACCACAUGGACUAUGCCAGCAUCCACUCCCUUGGUGAGCGUUUUCCCAAGGCCUACUGGUUUGUGCCAUCUGGUUGUCGGGAUUUCAUUCUGAGCUCAGUGAACGAGGCCAGUGGGGACCAUGUGCGUGAAUUUCUGUGGUGGGAAGAGCAACCAAUCGGAGACACGGGUGUCAAGGUCAUCUUUACGCCCACUCAGCAUUGGUCAGCUCGGAAUCUCGUGUUUGAUAGCUUUAGUACGCUGUGGGGAAGUUGGGCGUUGAUUGGAGCUAGGCAUCGUUUCUGGUUUGGCGGUGACACUGGUUACUGCAAAGUAUUUAAAGAAAUCGGUGCUCAUCUCGGGCCGUUUGAUGUCGCAGCCAUUCCAAUCGGCGCCUACAAACCCCGGUCCGUUUUGAAGACCCAACACGUGGACCCCGUCGAAGCUGUUCAAAUUCACAAGGACAUCAAAGCCAAGUACUCGGUUGGCGUCCACUGGGGAACAUUUCCUCUAUCUCACGAGUCAUAUAUGGCUCCAAAACUUGAUCUGUUGAAGGCAGUUAAAGCCGCCGGUUUGUCGCCAUCGGAUUUUCGAACUCUGGAUCACGGGCGUUCUCUAUGUUUUUACCGGGAGUCAGAUGAAACCGUCUUUGAAGAAUGA